AUGAAGCUUUCGUUCACCCGACCUGUGCAUUACAAAGCUAUGAGCCUGUGUGUGCUCUUUGUCGUGCUGGGAGUCUGUGCUGCACAUCAACCUGGGAAACAAGGGGAGGAGGAUUACGAAGAUGUUCCCAUCAAUAAGACCUGGGUCUUAUCUCCAAAGGUCUACGAAAGCGAUGUCACAAUGAUACUUAAUAAACUUCUGCAAGGCUAUGACAACAAACUACGGCCUGACAUUGGGGUGAGGCCGACUGUGAUUGAAACAGCGGUGUAUGUCAACAGCAUUGGACCAGUCGACCCCAUCAACAUGGAAUACACAAUCGACAUCUUCUUUGCCCAGACAUGGUAUGAUGGCAGACUGAAGUUCAACAGCUCAAUGAAGCUGCUUAUGCUCAACAGUAACAUGGUAGGCAAAAUAUGGAUUCCUGACACAUUCUUCAGAAAUUCCAGGAAAUCAGACGCCCACUGGAUUACCACUCCAAACCGCCUACUGAGACUGUGGAGCAAUGGUAGAGUGAUGUACACACUGAGGUUGACUAUUAAUGCGGAGUGUUACCUUAAGCUGCAUAACUUUCCAAUGGACGAGCACUCCUGUCCGCUGGAGUUUUCAAGCUAUGGUUACCCGAGGAACGAGAUAUCCUACCGUUGGCAGAGACGAGCAGUAGAGGUGGCUGACCAGCGUUAUUGGAGACUCUACCAGUUUGCAUUUGUAGGAAUGAGAAAUACCUCAGAUGUGGCCCACACCCAGUCAGGGGAAUACGUCAUCAUGACCAUCUUUUUCGACCUGAGUCGGAGAAUGGGUUAUUUCACCAUUCAGACCUACAUUCCAUGCAGUAUGAUUGUGGUCCUGUCCUGGGUCUCUUUUUGGAUUAACAAGGAUGCUGUGCCGGCUCGCACAUCUUUAGGUAUCACCACAGUGCUUACGAUGACAACUCUUAGCACCAUCUCCAGAAAGUCCUUGCCCAAGGUCUCAUAUGUUACAGCUAUGGACUUGUUUGUCUCUGUCUGCUUCAUCUUCACCUUUGCUGCUCUCAUGGAGUACGGAACACUGCAUUACUUCACAAGCAACAGACAGACCAAAAAGUCCAAAGCCAAGAAUAACACACAACAGAAGCCAUCGAGUAUGGUCAAUCUCCAUUCUGGACCAUCCCUGCUGCAAAUGAACAACAUUAUGCACUAUCACGACGACGACGACUAUGCCUACGAUUGUUUGGACGGAAAAGACUGCAUGAGUUUCUUUUGCUGCUUCGAUGACUGCCGCUCAGGUGCCUGGCGAGAAAACAGGAUGCAUGUGCGAGUGAGCAAGAUCGAUUCUUAUUCGAGAAUAUUCUUCCCUACUGCUUUUGGCCUUUUUAAUUUGGUUUAUUGGAUAGGUUAUCUUUAUCUCUAA